AUGGCAUGCACCAAAUCCAAUACAAAACACCUCCCAAAGGGCUCUUCCGACAAGCCCAAAAAAACCAUCAAGUCUAAAGGCAGCUCAACCAUCAAGAAGCAUGUGUUGUCCGUCAUCAGUGCCACAUCAAAGAAGUGGCCGUGGCCACCAAAAGUACUAGCAAAUGCCAUCAGAUCCUUUGAAAUCCCGACUACCCAUGCAGAAUUCAUCAUGGAGGAUGCCCUUACCAACCUUCACAUCCAAUUCACCUAUGGGCCCUCAGAGGAUAUCAAUGCUAUAGAUCCAUAUGGUGCGCAGUAUGACAUUUGCCAGGUACCUGUCUACAAAGGCGGGAAGUCAAUAGGAUAUGUACCACUGCCAAUCUUGUUCACUAUGGGAUGGAAACAUUGGGAUCAGGAGACCAAGCAGGGCACUAACAAGCAGAAACAGAUGACCAAGACAUGCAAACAGAACUGUGGGGCUGUGCUUGUCACACACAUGCAGGCCAGGCUCCUCAUGGUGGACCAACUGGUGGGUCUGCAUCACAAUAUCAAGCCCAGUGAGAAGUGGGUACUGAUUCUGGACAAAUGGAAGGUGAAUUCUGCAGAAGAAGGCUGGGACGAGGACAAUGAGGGUCUGGAGGUUAUGACAUGCCCACAGGGAUGGAUCCAAGGCCGUCUUGUAAACUUUGAGAUGACAUUCAACAACAUCCUCAAGCCACAGGUGUAUGCCAAACUAAAGAAUCAUAGCAAAUUCUUUGAGACUCAAUAUGUGGAAGGUGCAGAAUUACUAGAACGCUGGCAUGAGGGCCAUACACCAACUCCUACCUACUGGUCAGAGAAACAGUUUGAGUGGAUGGUUGCAGGACAUGAUUUUUGGGACCAGCCCUUCCACUUUGUGCAUUAUGCACUGUCCACUGACCAAGAAGAGUAUGAGCACAUUGAUGAAUUUUUCACCAACAUCAAAUGUCUCACCAAUAUCUUGUGCGUCAAACCUGAUUGGGACUUGGUGGUGCAGAACGCAGCUGGGCUCUGGAGGGGGGAGAUGACUUGGAGGGAGUUUGUGGAAUCAUUCAAGAAGAUCUGGUUAUUUGAGGGAAGGCCGAUUGGCCCUUGGCAAAGCACGGGCAUGGGCAUCUCCACCGGAUACUUGCACCGGGGGUAUGAGGAUGCCGAAGCCAACUGGAGUGAUGAAGAUUUGAUCAUGUGGGAGGGCUUGGGAAGAAUUUCUGACAUCAAAGGUUUCUGUGAUGGGUGGACAUGGAUUGUGAAUGAGGUAAGCAUGGAGGGAAAGACAGUCAAGCAGGUGUUGCAGGAUGCAGGGCCAAUGUGGGUCAAUUACCAGGUGUGUUUGGCGGUGGUGCAGUCCAUCAACAAUAAAGGCAAGCAUGCCAUGGAUGUUGAAAGGUCCAGUGAUGGAUCCACAACAUCUUCCAGUGGAGCUGCAACUGGUGGUGCUUUUGCUGAGGGUGCCAUCAGGCUUCCUCCUGUUUUCCCACCCAUUCCAGCUGGAGAUGUCGCUGCCCAUAUGGCUAUUGAAGUUGAUGCCAUUGACAGUCCUGCUGACUUGGGCCCUCCUGCUCCCCCAGCUGCAGCACCUAUUCCAAUUCCAAUGAACGAUGGAGGUCAUUCCACUGCCUCCAUCUGUGUUCCUCUGCUGGCACCGGGUGGCUCUCACACUUCUACCAGUUCUUCUAGUGUCAUGUUAGGGAUGGAACACCAGGCUGUCCACAUUAGUUUGGCUGGGUAUGUUUCAAGGGGCGAGACCUUGGAGAUGUAUUCGUCAUUGCUGAGGAAAGCGUAUGCUGCCCCAGAGUAUCAGUCAGGCAUUGCCGAGUAUCUCCAUGAUCUCGGCUCCAUCCCAUGA